CCACCAGGUAUUUAGCAUUGUACAUCAAAUAAGAUCUUGUAAAUUUUAGUAAAAAGAAGCAAGAAAGGCUUUUUCGUUUUCUGUAUCAUUAUUUAAUUUGUUCCACAUGUUUAAAAGAUCAAAUAUAUUGACAAAAGACAUCAAGCAGAUAUGAUUUCAGGAACAAAUCGAGCGAUUUUCUUCACAUCGUUUUUAUUUAUAGAAUGUGCCCUUUCCGCCAUCACAACACAAGGAGGUGAGAUAACAACCAUUCAGUUAUUGACAGACAUUGUCAAUCCUACCACUCAGUCACCAGGAGGGAAUUGCUCAAAUUGUUUUGAGACGUUUACUUUGAGAGUCAUCGCUGAUCCAAGUAACAAGAUUUUUGUUUGCAGUGAAUUGCGAACUCUGGUGACCUGCCUCAAAGGAGAUUCUGUGUAUUGUAUCGAUGAUGAUCCCAUCAAAGGUUCAGAGAAGUUUCUUAUUUUUAAAGCUCUUGCAGACUCUUGCCAGUGUGCUUCAGGAUCAUCUGAAUACAUUCCUUGCUCAAGCAAUACACAAGAAAAUGAAACAACAACGGCUUGGUUUGUGACAGACGUUGUAAACCCGACCAUAGAACCACCAGAAGGUGAAUGCCCUGCCUUUGACAGAUGCAGUGCGACGUUUCGUGCAAACAUUGCUGCUGAUCCAAGUAAUGCUGCUUUGGUUUGCAGAAUUCAACCCAAUCUUGACACAAGGAAAAAGCAGUUGGAAGCAUGGUGUGCAUUAAUUUUGGACUAUCACAGAAAAAACAAAUCCUACAGCAUAGACAUUACCGAGAUUCAGUCAUCACCUCUGUUUUAUAACAAAAAAAUUAAUCGCAAAUUACCUCUUGAUGGUAUUCAUACUGUAUUAGAAGAGUUGAGGAAACAAGGUCAUAUAGAAUGGACGGAUCCUAAAGUAAAGAAGCAGGGACUAAUAAUGUGGAGGACUCCAGAGGAAUGGGGGAAACUAAUCUAUAGCUGGGUAACAUCCAAGAGUUUACAGAACUCCGUAUGUACACUGUAUGAAUUAUCUGAAGGGGAGGAUUCAGAGGGAACAGAAUUUCAUGGACUGGAAAAGUGGUUAUUACUCAGAGCCCUACAGAGUCUACAAGAUCAAGGGAAAGCAGAACUCAUGAACUUUGAUGGAAAUGAAGGAGUGAAAUUCUUCUAGUCAUAAUAUAGUACAUAAUCUUCAGUUUCAUUUAAAGAAGACUUUUCCACAUUGGUCUAUCAUUUGAAGUGGGCAUUUAUAAAGUUAGAAUUGUAAGCACUUUAACUACUAUCAUUUUUCUGUGAUGAAGAAAAUUACGUGUACAAUAUACAUGUAUUUAUUAAAAGUAAUACUAUCAUUAAAACUGAACAUAUUUGCAUCCGAGAAAUUUUGUUGAACAAGAAGUUGAUCAUUUAUUAGUAGCUAUCUUAAAGCCUUUUUACUCUGUGUUCAUUAGGACUACUAUACACUUGUGAAGGGAGGGAGGGGGUCUUACCACUUUCAUGAAUGUACAUGUAUUUCUUUAGAUUGGAGUGGUUUUAACUGUAUACAUUUAUAUUAUUUAUAUAAUUAAUUUUUGUAAUAAAUCUAUUAUAUAUAUAA